AUGACGGUGUUAGUUGUGAAUGGUACAAACACAGUGGUAGUCACAGACAACAACAACAACAGUGUGAAGUCCUUCUACACCAGGAACAAGCAGCCAGGUCACAGCAGGCUCAGUGUGUGUGGUACUCCGUUUGGUAUAACAAAGUUGAAGGACAACCAGGUGGCUGUCACUGUGCCGGGUUCCAGACAGAUUUUAUCUGUACAAGUCAACCCUGACCUGGUGCUGCUGUCAACCAUCAAAACCAGCAAACGGUACUGGGGUAUAACGUCUGUGACACCAUCAACACUAGCAGCAAGUUCCGCCUUCCCUCUCUGUGUUGAUAUCCUGGAUAUGACGGGACACGUCCUGAGUGGAUCCAAGUGUGUCAUGUGUCUGGCUCCCGAGGGAGAUGUUGUGUUCACCUACAGCACUACAGGAAACACAUCACUGAAGUAUCCACGUGGUAUCACAACUACCAGCACAGGAGACAUCCUGGUGACAGACAACCAUCUACACAGAGUCCUCCAUCUGACUGAGUCAGGACAGUUUGUUAGAAACAUGCUGACAUCACAGGAUGGUGUCCAGUAUCCAUGUGGAGUGUGUUAUGGUGGGCGUGGCCGUAUGUACGUGUGUAUGUCAGAUGAAGUGAAGCUUCAAAGACGUUAUUCCGACGACACUGAUGCAGAUGGAAGUUCCACUGUUCUGCCACGUGUUCUGCAGAGGAAUCAGGCCCAGGAGGGUCAAGUCAGAGUUAGAUAG